GUUCGGAUCGGGUUGCACACGCAACCCACAGUUCGGUGACCAAAUUUAGCUCAGGACCCCCACCUCCCCGUCGAAAGAUAAGCAAUACAAGUGACAAAAAAAGAAAUACAAAAAAAACAAUACGAAGCAUGCGGAGUACUUCCUAGGGGUUGUCAAAUUCCUGGGAAGCUUUUGGCGUGUUCUUUGAGGAGGGGUGCGACCAUCUGGCGCGUGGUGAAAUUCACAGGCGCCAGUUGCCGAUUUGGUUCAACGGACUUGAUAUUAUCCGUGGUCUCGGCUCCCGUGCAAGACGACAGGCUUCCCCGAAGGUUGCAUUCGUCGUAGAAAGACGCAAUAUACGCCGACGAUGACAUAAGAUGUCGGCAACAGCACACCAUCCCGGUUCCCUGAGCCGCCAUGAGAUCCUGUUCUACGCCCAACCGCUCCGCAAGACACCACAAGUUCUGAAACAGUGCGAACGUUCCUAAUCGACCCGAAAUCGAAAGCAACCGUUUAUCGAACCCCGCUUCAGCCAUGACUUCUGCGUGGAGCCAGCUCGACCAGCUGCUUACGUGCGCCAUCUGCCUGGACCGGUAUCGAAACCCGAAAUUGCUACCAUGUCAGCACUCCUUUUGCGCGGACCCGUGCCUGGAGGGUCUGCAGGACUAUGCCCGGAGGCAGAUCAAGUGCCCCGAGUGUCGCGCCGAGACCAGAAUUCCUUACAACGGCGUGCAGACAUUUCCGACAAACGUCACACUGAUGCGCUUCCUCGAGCUUCACAGAGACAUUACGGGUGAAGAGCCCGAACCGCUGCCGUCGUCCAUGGAGCGCUGCAACGUGUGCAGCGAAAAGUCUUCCGUGACGAGGUGCUCGCAUUGCGAGAAGAAGAUCUGCGAGGUGUGUAAGGAGGCCCACUUGGACAUUAUGCGCCGUGAAAUCAGUCGAAUUUGCAAUCAGGUACGCAGAGGGCUCAACCGACUCGCUGAACAUCUGGCCCAAAAUAACAAGAACCAGGACAAGUUGACGCACAACUGCGCCCUCGUCAAGGAGGAGCUAGAAGAUCUUAUUAACCGUUACGUCAAGGACCUCCAGCUCAUUCAUGGGAAGCUGAAGUCCGAGAUCGACGUAUACCUUCAACAGGAGAUCAAGCAACUUUCCACUCUCUCUGAAGACGUGGAAACGGAAAUUGCAAACAUCACCUCCAACUGCGACGUCGUGGAAAAAUACGUUAACGACGACACAGAAUGGACGGAUUCGGAACUGGUAGAGUACAAGGAGAUCUUCAACAAGUCGCUUGAGUUUCUUCGCAAUUUCGAUCCAGACACGUCUGAUUUUACAAGAAGGGUGAAGCUCCAGAUUCACACCGACCCCGACGCUCUCCACCGUACCCUGGCUAACCUCGGCGAACUGAAAUUCAACACUCCUCCGACGUCUCAGCCGUCCUCAGCACUGAAUGUUCCGCAGCUUAAUCUGUCUUCAGGAGGGACUGCAAACGCGCUUAUGCGCAGUCAGAGUGACCACAGAUUGGCGGUUCAAUUUCAGAAGAAGCAAGACGCCGGAUCUCGGUCCAUGCUGGACAUUGGCCAGAGGUACGGUGGACAUCUUAGCGACUCCGAGAGGGACAACAGCUUCGAGGGUCCCUCGGCGUACACAAGAAACCGAAGGGACGCUAGCGACAGCUCUAUCCUGCGAAGGUACGGGGACCGGAGCAGGGACACCGACAGCUCCGACACUCGUUCCAGCCGAUACGGUAGCAGUCGCUUCGAGGAUAGGUCGUGGCGAGACGAGGGAACUCACCACGGUUUCCGGUCUCGCUACGCUAGAGAGCUUAUGGACGAAGACAACGAAAGCGGCGGUUCCCAUACCCGGAACGUGCGGUUCGAGGAGCCUCCGCCUCCGCGAGAGAAGGUGUUUGACACCGACGACGCCAACCGGGGUCCUCUCAGUGGUGUGGUCAAGCUGAGCGACUCGGCAAAGUUCAUGGAGCGCCUGCACGAGAACCAGGUGAAGCAGAAGCAGAAGCAAGCUGAAAAAGAGCGGCUGGAGAAGGAACCCCCUGUGGUACCCGUGCCGCCACCGAGGAGGCCGCCCGCCAGGCAGAUGAGCGAAGACGAGGUCGAAAAGCAGAAGAAGGCAGCGAACCAGGCGGCUGCUGCGUCCACCUCGACCACGUCACCGCCGCCCAGCAGCGACAUGAGGCCGUCUCAGGUCCGAAGACUGGCCUCCAAGGACGAGCCAUCGAGGACGCCACCUCCGGACUCGCCUAGGACGCCCUCUACCCCGCGGCAGAGUUCCGUGGAGAGCACUCCAGCCCAGUCGCGGCGCAGCUCGACAACCUCCGAGGACACGACCACGGACUCGCUGCGUUCCCGGCAGCGAAGGCAGGUAGAAGAAGAGUCUCGGCGCGAGGCCGCCCCGGCCAAGUCUGCGGUGCCCACCAGGUCAGUACGAGCGCCGCUGGCCAAGGCCGUAUCUGUAGAGCAAGACGAGCGCCGACGACCGACGGGAGAGAAGAAAGAGGAGGCAACCCGGCCACUGCCGCAGGCUGCACCGCAGCAGUCGUCCUUUUUCAGCCGUCUUCGGCCCCAGGCCCAGAUUGGGGAGGAAGAGGACUCGGACUCCGAAGGCUCCACCACCGAGGAGACCUCCGAGUCCGAGGACGAGGAGGAAGACGAAGAGGACGAAGAGGAAGAAGAAGAGGAGGAUGAGGUACCCAAGACACCCACCCGCAGGACGCCGACGUCACCCGCGCCCAAGAGAGAAGAGGACAUGACGUCGUCCGUUUCGGCCCUGCUGAAUCGGAGUGCUCAGGCGCGUCGGGGCAGUCAAGACGUGCGUUCUUCAACGCCGACGUCGCGUAAGGAGCCUGCACCCUCAACUAGGCACUCCCAAUACGCGCGGGACAAAGAAGACGAGGCCGGCAGGUUACGGUCCUGGAGAGACUCGCCGUCGGCUUCCGUGGACGACCCGACGGCGACGUCUUCGCGGUACGGUGGUUCCUCGUUUUUGGCGAACCGAAGGCGAGCCGAGGAAGAUCAGGAGGAGUCUGGCGCAAGCCGUUUCUUGAGUCGGAGCCGCAGCUCGGCCCUCGUCGAGCCGCCGGAGCCCCGCCAGGAAAGGCGCAAGAGCCAGCAGGAGAGCUCCACUUCCAGGACAACGACCUCGCCUGCUACGUCGGCGGCGGCUCUGCGACGCAGUCGCCUCGCGCGUAGCAAGAGCUCCAACGAAGUCCUGCCCGGAGACCUGGAUAGUCCCGACGAGGCCGUUCCAGCAUCACCCUCCUACAGGAGCCGGUACAAGCAAGAGCCGCCCAGCACUCUGUCUCGGUCCAAGAGUAGCCACGCUGUCAAGGAUGCGUCCCCUGACGGUGGCGACCAGAGUGGCACGGCCAGUUCCGGAGCUUCUUCCAGCUGGGCCCAGUACCUGCGCAACAAGUACGGAUGUCGCACCAGUUCGGUCGGAGGCUCCUCGGCCUCCGGUCCAGGAGGCAAGAACGUUUCCAGGUCACGGAGCUCGCACGUCGUCUACAACCGCAGCGGAAGUGAGGAAAACAGCUCGGACGAUGAGGUGCCGGUCAGAGGCAGAGAUGGCAGUUCAUCGAGGCACGACGGCCAGUACGGUGGCUACGGAUUUCCCAGGAGCAUGUAUCUUCAGAAGCGUCGGAUGCAGCUCAAAAUUGGCACCCGGGGGACGGAGCCCGGCUGUUUCACGUGGCCCAGGGGCGUCGCUGUUGGCCCGGAUAACUCCAUCGUUGUCGCUGAUAGCAGCAAUCACAGGGUCCAGGUCUUCGACUCGUCCGGACGCUUCCAGCACGAGUUCGGCACCUACGGUAGCUCGGAGGGAGAGUUCGAUUGCCUGGCCGGCGUUGCGGUGAACCGCAUCGGACAGUUCAUAGUGUCCGACCGGUACAACCACCGUAUCCAGAUCUUCGACCCGUCGGGUCGCUUCUUGCGCAGCUUUGGCUGCGAGGGCAGGGUGGAUGCACGCUUCAACUACCCUUGGGGCAUAACUACGGACUCACUGGGCUUCAUCUACGUGUGUGACAAGGAGAACCACAGAGUCCAGGUGUUCCAGUCCGACGGCACGUUCGUCGGAAAGUUCGGCUCCCUGGGUUCCAGGCCGGGCCACCUGGAACACCCGCACUACGUGGCAGUCUCCAACACCAACCGCGUUAUCGUGAGCGACUCUAACAACCACCGCAUCCAGAUCUUCGACGUGAACGGCCGCAGCCUGUCCACCUUCGGCUCGGAGGGUUCGGACGACGGCCAGUUCAAGUUCCCGCGAGGCGUGGCCGUAGACGACCAGGGCUACAUCAUGGUCGGCGACUCCGGCAACAACCGCAUCCAGAUCUUCCACCCGGACGGAUCCUUCCUGCGUGCCUUCGGCCAAUGGGGCUCCGGCGACGGCGAGUUCAAGGGACUCGAGGGAAUCGCCGUCAUGCCCAACGGCAGCAUCGUCGUCUGCGACCGGGAGAAUCACCGCAUCCAGGUCUUCUGAACCCCCAUCAGAUCAGAAGCUUCACUCAAGGAAACCGUCGUCCAAGUGCUCCAAGCGCCUGUCACAGUCGAGAAAGAAGGGUCUCGCCUUUCACCGCCACGACACCGAAGAAGACAACACGAACAAAUGCCUCCAACUGCUACCAUCGUGCCAGCCAGCACGGCGGGUUGAGCUGCACUCAGCCCUCUCUGAUUUUCGUAAACUCGCUCAGCUGCAAUGAGAUGUGUAACUUUCAUGAACGACGUGUACAGUGGUGUUGCACAGGUUGACAGGGUUGGAACAGUGGUGGUUUUAGUUAUAGUUUGUGUUUUCGAGGACAAAACCUCGUCGUUUGCUGAAUACGAUCCCCGUCCUCUUGAAGCGUUCUGAUAGGGUUAAUUGAUUGCGUUUGAUUUUAAUUGGUUUCUGCCGAUUUCGGUUGUCAUAAGAGAGGAAAUGAAAGUAUGUGAGCUGAGAUGUCGUUUGAGUUGGUUCACCUCAAGGUUGCUAGGGAGCGUUUGCUGGAGCUGUGUUGACUAAAGUGUCCUGCAUAGUAUUCUAAGGCAUCAAGGUAUGAAGAUUCCUCUUCUGCUCUUUGCUGCGAACUGGCAAAUACAGUAUUAAUUCUUUGCGAGAUACUCCGUUUGCAAUCCCCAACAUCGAGAUCAAAAGGUCAACAUCACCUUUAUAACUUGACUCGUAGACUCCUCCCCCAGCCCUAAACUUUGCAUAAUAAUAGUAAUAAUAGCUUUAUUUUCCAACAACGGAGGUACAGUGUUGGUGGGGGCUUGGGAAAAAAGCUGCUGAAACAGCUUGACUGGUCCCGAGCCCCCAGAUAUCAGUUGACUAACCUAUGAACUGGGCGGUAGCGUUCAAUAUACCCUUUUCAAAUCCACCAUCAAGCCAUGUUGACGGUCGCCAUUUCUUAGACACGACGCAUAUGACUAAGUUUGAAUUCUCGCACAGCGCUGGCGCAUUGCUGUUUUUUUAUACGAGCUGAGCUAGCAAGCGCCCAACGCUGACACAGCUCUCGUGUCCAAUACAUGCUCAGUUCUCUUGCCAAAACAAUGGCAAACAAGGAUAAUUGUCUUAGCCGCUACUAGAUGGCGCACUUUUCUGAAAAGGGUUUAUUGAAUGUUUAAACAGCGGCCGUGUCGCAUCGCUGCGGUUUUUGGAUAGUUUGAGCGACGCAUCGGCUGGUUGCACGCGCCUGCUGUUACCUCGGAUGGAGUUGGUGCAGUGCGGGUCAGGUCCGUGACUUCACAUCGUGGAAGGUCUUUAAAGCUGUCGGCUUCAACUUAAGUGUGCGAGUAACAUCAGGGUGUCAUUAUACUCUUUCGCUAAGGCUAACCUGUUUCUGAGUUACUGCGCUCUUUCUGGAGUUGUUUUUUGUUUGAACAUUUUCUCCUCUUUCAGAUCUCUUUCGUCGGUCGUCAGUUUUUUGCUCUUUGUGCAUUUCUGUAGUGCCAUUCCCAACAAAUGACACGAGAGGCUUUGCUCUAGACAAAAGGUCGUCAUGUUGACAAUAAAAAAUGAAAUGUAAUAAAUCACGUAUUUACGUUUGCGUGGGAU